AAUAGUCAAGAUGGCAUGUUUUAGGUUGAUCCUAGUGUGUUUUUGGUUUGCUUUGUUAGCCAGGAGUUAUGGUAGAGAGAUGAACCCAAAGGCUCUAUCACUAUCUAAUGAUGAUGUAAGUCAUGUAUGCCACCCUUCGAGAUUCAUGAAACUUGGGUUGGAGAUGAGCAAGUUUGCAUACUGCGACUCUUCACUGUCAUAUGAAGUGAGGGCAAAGGACUUGGUGGACCGGAUGACACUGGCAGAGAAGGUGCAACAGACGGGAAAUACAGCCGCAGGAGUGGCGAGGAUUGGACUUCCUAAGUACGAGUGGUGGUCAGAAGCACUCCAUGGUGUCUCAAAUGUUGGUCCCGGCACUAUUUUCGAUGAUGUUGUUCCCGGUGCUACAAGUUUUCCGGUUGUUCUUCUCACUGCCGCAUCUUUCAAUCAAUCACUCUGGAAAAACAUAGGCGAGAUUGUGUCGACUGAAGCAAGGGCAAUGUAUAAUCUAGGAAGAGCUGGAUUGACAUUUUGGAGUCCCAACAUAAAUGUGGUGAGAGAUCCAAGAUGGGGAAGAUGUCAUGAGACACCCGGUGAAGAUCCAUAUGUAGUUGGUGUAUAUGCUACCAAUUAUGUGAGGGGGCUUCAGGAUGUUAAAGGGACAGAAAACACUACAGAUUUGAACUCUAGACCUCUGAAGGUUGCUUCUUGCUGUAAGCACUAUGCCGCCUAUGAUCUUGAUAGUUGGCUUGGAGUGGAUCGAUUCCAUUUCAAUGCUAAGGUUACCGAACAAGAUAUGAUGGAAACUUUUCUUCGUCCUUUUGAGAUGUGUGUCAAAGAUGGUGAUGUUUCCAGUGUGAUGUGCUCUUUUAAUCGUGUCAAUGGCAUUCCAACCUGCGCCGAUCCUAAUCUUUUAAAGGGCCUCAUCAGAGGCGAAUGGGAUCUUCAUGGAUAUAUUGUCGCUGAUUGUGAUUCUGUUGAGGUAAUUGUGGAUUAUACCAAAUUUUUAGGGGACAAUAAAGAGCAAGCUUCUUCACAAACCCUUACAGCAGGCUUGGAUCUGGAUUGUGGAACUUUCUAUCCUGAAAGUCUCCAAAGCGCGGUUCGUGCAGGAUUAAUCAAAGAAAGUGACAUUGAUAGAUCACUUAGGUAUCUUUAUGUUGUGUUGAUGAGGCUUGGUUUCUUCGAUGGAAGUCCUGAAUUCCAAUCUCUUGGUAAGGAUGAUGUAUGCUCGGAUGAACAUGUAGAGUUGGCCGCUCAGGCAGCAAGGGAAGGAAUUGUACUUUUGAAAAAUGAUGAUGAUACUUUACCUCUCGAUAUCAACAAAGUUAAUAGCAUUGCAAUAGUAGGACCUCAUGGCAAUGCCACAACUGCCAUGAUUGGAAACUAUGCCGGUGUCCCCUGUAAGAUGGUUUCUCCAUUUGAUGCAUUUUCCGCAAUCAAGAACAAAAAGGUUACAUUUGAAACGGGAUGUUCCAAUGUUACAUGUGUUGGUAACGAUGGAUUAAUUUUCACAGCAAUGGAAUCCACUAAAAAUGCAGAUGCUACAUUAUUGUUUGUGGGUUUAGAUCUCUCCAUAGAGGCGGAGUGGGUAGAUAGGAAGAAUCUCCUGCUUCCAGGAGACCAAACUGACCUCAUCAACCAAGUAGCUGCAACUGCCAAAGGUCCGGUUGUUCUUGUAAUCAUGUCUGGUGGAGGGGUUGAUAUUACUUUUGCUAAGAAUAAUCCAAAAAUCAAAUCCAUUUUAUGGGUUGGAUAUCCUGGUGAAAAAGGAGGCCAGGCCAUUGCAGAUGUUGUGUUUGGCAAUUACAAUCCAGGGGGUAGAUUACCUAUGACAUGGUACGAAGCUGAUUAUGUUGACCAGAUCCCAAUGACAUCAAUGCAACUGAGGCCGGUUGAAAGCUUAAAUUAUCCUGGAAGGACUUACAGGUUCUUUAAUGGGUCAACUGUUUACCCAUUUGGUUAUGGAAUGAGUUACACAAAAUUUGCAUACAAGCUUGUAUCAUCCACUCAAAAGCUAGACUUCAAAUUGGAAAACCACCAGCAUUGUCGCGUGGUCAACUAUUCGGAUCCCAAAUUUAAGUCAGAUUGUCCGGCUGCUGAAGUGGACCAACUAAGCUGUGAAGCUAAUACAGUGACACUUGAAGUAGCAGUGCAAAAUGUGGGUGACAAGGAUGGGAGUGAGGUUGUACUCGUAUAUGCAAAGGCUCCACAGGGUAUUAUUGGAACUUCUAUUAAGAAACUGAUAGCAUUUGAGAGAGUAUUUGUAGCUGCUGGUGGAACCCAAAAUGUCAAAUUGGAACUUGAUCCUUGCAAGAGCUUCAAUAUCAUCCAAAACACCGCUUACAAUGUGUUGCCAUCUGGUAUUCAUGGAAUCGAGAUUGGAAAUAAUGCCACGAUCUCAACGACUCUUCAAGUCAACCUCCAUCAUUAGGAUUAUAAUUAAUUAAUUACUUAGGAUUUGCUUGCUUUAUUAGGAUUUUAUUAAAUUUAUUUAUUUAUUUAUUUUGGUGUAUAAUUCUAUUUAUUAGUCCAUAAAAUGGUUUCUGCUCAAGGAUUGUAGGUGUUCAAGGAUUGUAGUUUUAUGCUUAGGAUUGUAGAUCUUAUGCUUUUUUUUUUUGAAAUAAAAUGUUUAAUUUUUAGACUAUAA